GAAGUCCGCAGCAGCAGCGAUCGACUGGAUGUUAAUGUUUAGAAACCGCAGUAAACUUUUGACGCUGCGCACACAGUCACCAGACUUCAUUUAGCUCAUCGUUCAUUCACUUCUCGCUUGAUUGCAUGAAGACGAGGACAAGACCACCCAAUAUCACUCAUACUGUUGCCGUAUCCGUAGAGCCGAAUAAAACGCGUUACGUUAGAUUUGUUGUUGAUCGUUAAGUAGUUGAUCAUGAACGUGGCUAAAAGCGGUUAUCGUGUCUUCUCUGCGAACUCUACUCCAGCAUGCAUUGAACUUGCCAAGAAGAUCACAGAGCGUCUUGGUGUGGAACUGGGGAAGUCUGUCGUUAACCAGGAAGCAAACAGAGAAACCAGAGUUGAGAUCAAAGAGUCUGUCAGAGGACAAACAAUCUUCAUCAUUCAAACCAUCCCCAGAGAUGUCAAUACUGCCAUUAUGGAGCUGCUGGUCAUGACAUACGCGCUGAAGACGUCCUGCGCCAAGAACAUCAUCGGCGUGAUCCCAUACUUCCCCUACAGUAAACAGUGUAAGAUGAGGAAGAGAGGCUCUAUAGUGUGCAAACUGCUCGCUUCCAUGUUAGCUAAAGCAGGUCUGUCUCACAUAAUCACCAUGGAUCUGCACCAAAAAGAGAUCCAGGGUUUCUUCACAAUCCCUGUGGAUAACCUGCGGGCGUCCCCGUUUCUCCUGCAGUACAUUCAGGAGGAGGUUCCUGAUUAUAGAAAUGCAAUCAUCGUAGCCAAGUCUCCAUCUGCUGCGAAAAGGGCGCAGUCAUACGCAGAGCGCUUGCGUCUUGGUUUGGCCGUCAUGCACGGUGAAGCUCAGUGUUCAGAGUCAGACAUGGCGGAUGGACGUCACUCUCCUCCCUGCGUCCGCAACAGCACCGGACAUCCCGGAUUGGAGCUGCCAUGCAAACAACAAGCACCGUUUCCAGGCAUAGAGCUUCCAAUAAUGAUGGCCAAGGAGAAGCCACCAAUCACUGUUGUCGGAGAUGUCGGAGGUCGCAUCGCCAUCAUUGUUGACGACAUUAUAGAUGAUGUGGAGGACUUUGUGGCGACGGCUGAGAUUCUGAAAGAGAGAGGAGCUUAUAAGAUCUACAUCAUGGCCACUCAUGGCCUCUUGUCUGCAGAUGCUCCACGUCUCAUCGAGGAGUCGGCUAUUGAUGAGGUGGUGGUGACCAACACUGUUCCUCAUGAGUUACAAAAGCUGCAGUGUCCUAAAAUCAAGACGGUGGACGUCAGUAUGAUCUUGGCCGAAGCUAUCAGACGCAUUCACAACGGCGAGUCCAUGGCUUACCUGUUCCGUAACAUCACAGUAGAUGACUAGCCAUCUAAAAGAUCUGUUUUACAGACAGAUGUGAGGAGUUUACGCAAACCCUCUUACACACGUGUGAGCUCUGCCAUGCACAAAACAAUAUAUACAUAUAUACUUUACAUUGAUUUCCCAAAUAAAUCACUUUUAUUCUUCAACCAAAUAAACUCCCGCUGACAGAGUUGAUGCAGAAAUAAAUGAAAUGAAGAGU